UUACACCCCAAAACUCUCCCGUGACCCCUCGACCCCCCCCCAGCCCCCGCUGACAUCCCCAGACUCUGCUGCGACCCCAAAACCCGACACCCCAAAUUCCCACCCCCACCCAUCCCCCCAAAAAAACCCCACAAACCUCUCCCUUUGGGCGACCCCCUCCCCCCCCAAAUUUCACCGCACCCCCAAAAUUACACCUUUAAUCCUCUUCCUCCUCCUUCUCCUCCUCUUCCUCCUCCUCCUCCUCCCCCCGCCCUAAAUCCGCCUUCCCACGGAAAGCCGGAGCGUGGAAAACAGGAGCGUGCCAGGCUGGGAAAAACGGGGAAAAACAGGGAAAAAAGAAGAAAAAAGGGACAAAACAGAAGAGAAAGAAGAUAAAAGAAGGGGCAGGAAAAGACAAAAAAAAAAAAAAGGGAAAGGAAGACGAGCGAAGAGAAAGAGGAGCGCGAAGGAAUUAAAAAAAAAGAGGAUUAAAGAGGAAAAGAGAAGGGGAACGGAGGGAAAAGAAGGAAAAAAAAGGAAGGAAGAAGGAAAAAAAGGAAGGAAGAAGAAACAGAAAGAAGGAAAAGGGAAUAAAGGAGGAAAGAAGGAAAAAAGCAGGAAAAAAGGCUGAGACUUGGGAUGCGGCUGCUCCUGGAUGGACCCGGAGCAUUCCCUGGAGCCUGAUCCGAGCACGGCCCCGAGGGAGGGUCCCAUGGAGCAGGAGGGGAGCCCCCAGCCCCCAGAGGAGGGAGGUGGGGACGGAAUUCCUGGUGGUGGUGACACAAUCCCUGGGGUUGGGGACACAAUCCCCAGUGUUGGGGACACAAUCCCCGGGGAUGGGGACACAAUCACUGGGGUUGGGGACACAGUCCCCAGUGUUGGGGACACAAUCCCCGGGGAUGGGGACACAAACCCCAGCACUGGGGACACAAUCCUCAGCUCUGGGGACACAAUUCCCAGUGUGGGCCAGGAGAGCCCUGCCCCAGCCAGGGAAGGUUCCAGGGGGGGAUCCGGGCAGCAGGAGGGGGUGCCCGGUGCCGAGGGACCCCCGGGAGGCUCCCCCGAGCAGCAGCUCCCGCUGGGCCCCCCCCCGGCCGUGCCAGGAGCCCCCCGGGCCCAGCCCCCUGCCCAGGAUGAGGAUUUUUACUGCGUGAAGUGGAUCACCUGGAAAGGGGAGCGCACGCCCGUGGUCACCCAGAGCGAGAACGGGCCCUGCCCGCUCCUGGCCAUCAUCAACAUCCUCCUCCUGCAGUGGAAGGUGAAGCUGCCCCCACAGAAGGAGGUGAUCGCAGCUGAGGAGCUGAUGGCACAUUUGGGGAAUUGCAUCCUGGCCACCCAACCCCGGGACACCUCGGAGGGGCUGCAGCUGAACUUCCAGCAGAACAUCAGUGACACCAUGACGGUCCUGCCAAAGCUCUCGACAGGGCUGGACGUCAACGUGAGGUUCACGGGGGUCUCAGAUUUUGAGUACACCCCCGAGUGCAUCGUCUUCGACCUCCUCAACAUCCCGCUCUACCACGGCUGGCUGGUGGACCCCCAGAGCCCGGAGCAGGUGCAGGCCGUGGGCAAGCUCAGCUACAACCAGCUGGUGGAGAAGAUCAUCACCUGCAAACAGUCCAGCGACUCCAGCCUGGUGAGCGAAGGGCUGGUGGCCGAGCAGUUCCUGGAGUCCACGGCGUCGCAGCUGACGUUCCACGGGCUGUGCGAGCUCACGGCCCGGGCCCGCGAGGGCGAGCUCGGCGUCUUCUUCCGCAACAACCACUUCAGCACCAUGAUCAAACACAAGGGCCACCUUUACCUGCUGGUGACGGACCAGGGCUUCCUGCAGGAGGAGGGGGUGGUGUGGGAGAGCCUGCACAGCGUGGAUGGGGACAGCUGCUUCUGUGACACCGAGUUCCACCUCAGCCGCGCCCCGGGCAAGGAGGGGGCCACCGCAGCCCCCCUGGACCACCGGCUGCAGCAGAGACAAGUGGACCAGGAUUACAUGGUGGCCCUGUCCCUGCAGCAGCGGCAGGGCCAGGACCCCCCCUCCAUGCUCAGCGACCUGGAGCUGGCGCGGCAGCUGCAGCACGAGGAGUAUCAGCAGCACCAUCCUCAUCCUCAUCCUGCUCCUCCUCCGCUGCUCCCGGCGCAGGCAGGCGGGCGCCCGGCUAGAGAGCGGCGGCAGCGGCAGCGCCCGGAUUUGGACUGUACCCUCCUGUAGCACCUCGUGCCCGUGGGGUCCCCACGCCUGCAGCCCCCCCCCCCCCCCCCCCCCCCGAGUUCUCCAGGGAGAUCCUGUGGGGUCCCUGUGUGCUGGAGUGGACGCACGGGUGAGGGGUGACCGUCUGAGGCCACCCCAGGACCACCCCAAACUUCCCAGUGGCCUUAACAUAUGGGGGGGUCCCACUCAGUGGGAGCCCCCUCAGGGAGAUCCCACCCCUCAGUCCAUGCUUGGAGACACGGGUGGACGUGUGGCUGAGGGGGAACACGUGCACCCCCCUUUUCAAAAUGUGGCCUUAGCCCUUGGCAAGUAAAGGACUUGUCCCCCU